UCAAAAGUCCCAAUGAUUCGCUCAUUCCAUUCACUGGCAUAAUACAGUGUUAGCCUGUGGCUGUAUCAUUUCUUCAUUCCCUUUCAGCACAGUAAAGGUGCUGCACUUCCGGAAGGCAAAGCAACGGUACAUAUAACACAUAUCCUAAUACACAAACAAACAUUUGAAAGAAACAAAUGAAUGACAUCGGCACAUCGCAUUGUUGUCUAGCACCAAACAUUUUUCUUUGCAUCACCCCUUUUCUUGACUGCUGCUGCAUGUCCUGCUGUUGUUGGUUCUCUGUUGAUUGUUCUCUUGUGGGUCAACCCCACUUGGCCACUAGUAGUCCCGCCUAUGACUGGGGGCCUUGUCAUCAUCGUUGUCAUUGGUCUGGUAACUCUUGCAAUCUUUGGAGGGUCAGACUUCCUACCUCUGUAAUCAUUGAAGCAUGCUUGCAUGCUGUUAUUCUCUGUUUCCCCACUUCUAGAAUGUCUUUUCUUUCGCGCAUCAUGGAGGAGGUUGUUGUCUUUUGCCACCAUGUUGUGCCCGUGAGUUGAGGGCCGGUUGAUUGAGUUUGAGCUCUUCAAGAUGUGAGCCUCAACAGCAUCAGUCAUCAUUCGUUCAUCAUCUCUUCCAGAAGCUUUUCGUUCUGUUGGAGUAGCCCUAACACAAUCUACUGCAUUGCUGCUGCUAGUUCCCCUAUUUUGC